AAAUAAUAUUGUUACCACCAAAAAAAAAAAAUUAAGCAGAAAACAAUAUCAACAACAACAACAAAAACAAUGAAAUUACUGUAUCGCUUCUUUCUGGGCUCGAUCAGUGAAUAUGAAAAGAUGAGGAUCGUUUUAUUGCUGAUUAUUACACUCAUCAGAGAAAGUUUCACCUUUCAACCUGAGUUUGUGGAAAGCAUCUCAAAUGUCUCAGUAGCAGUGGGUCGAGAUGCUACAUUCACAUGUCAUGUGCGACAUUUGGGUGGUUAUAGGGUGGGGUGGCUAAAAGCAGAUACAAAAGCUAUUCAAGCGAUACACGAGAACGUCAUCACACACAAUCCACGCGUCAGUGUUAGUCACUUGGAUCAGAAUACAUGGAAUUUACAUAUAAAGGCAGUGUCGGAAGAGGAUCGCGGUGGCUAUAUGUGUCAACUGAAUACGGAUCCAAUGAAAAGUCAGAUUGGCUUCCUGGAUGUAGUAAUACCACCCGAUUUUGUUGCUGAAGAUACCUCAUCAGAUGUAAUUGUACCAGAAGGCAGCUCAGUCAAAUUAACGUGUCGCGCUCGUGGCUAUCCCGAACCGAUCGUGACCUGGCGCCGAGAAGACGGCAAUGAAAUCGUGCUCAAAGACAGUAUUGGUACAAAGUCUAUGGUGUCCUCAUUUCGUGGUGAAGUGUUAAAGCUGACGAAAAUUUCACGCAACGAAAUGGGCUCGUACCUCUGCAUUGCAUCAAACGGUGUGCCGCCGUCGGUCUCCAAGCGCAUCUCGCUCAGCAUACAUUUUCAUCCUGUCAUUCAAGUACCGAAUCAAUUAGUUGGAGCACCGCUUGGCACUGAUGUGCAGAUCGAGUGUCACGUCGAGGCCUCACCAAAAUCAAUUAACUACUGGAUUAAGGACACUGGUGAAAUGAUUGUGUCCUCAUCAAAAUAUCAUGUACAGGAAUCCUCAAAAUCCAUGUAUGAGACGAAGAUGACAAUGAUUGUGCGUAAAUUCCAAAAAGACGAUGUCGGCUCGUAUCGCUGCAUAGCGAAGAAUUCACUUGGUGAGGUAGAUAGUAGCAUAAGACUUUAUGAAAUUCCCGGUCCGAAUCGUAAAAAUCCUGCAGGCAAACAUGCCGGUGGCGGCAACAACGAUGCGGACACCAAUGACGUGUUAAAAAUGAAGCAAGUCAAAGUCACAUAUCAGCCAGACGAUGAGGACCUGUACGGCUCGGCGGAGGAUUUCGAUGACAGCGAAUUACCGUUGCCGCCGUUAACGCCCAACAUCUAUUACACGAAUGGUCAGAAGCUGCCGACACAUCGACCGGCCACGUCCGGCGCUGGUGCUGGCAUUGGCGGCGGCAGUGGCGGUACACUUGCCACAGCAAAUGGUGGUGGUGAUGGUAGUACAUCUGAUGGUCGCCAUCACCAUCAUAACUCAGCUGGUGUAGGUGGUGGUAGUGGUGGUGUUGGUGGCGGAGUCGGUGGUAUGAGCAAUCUCGAUUUCGGCAACUUGGGCGCCACAAGCGGCAGCAUCAGCAUUGGUGGAGGUUUCGCGGCAGUAGCUUUUGCUGGUAUGACGCGCAAGGCACCGUUUUAUGGUAGCGUUGCUGGCAUAUUUGGUGGAAAAACGGAAGUGCGCAAUGCAAUGGACGACAAUAACGAGUUGAUAUCGGCUGCCGCUGGCACACAACAACAACGACGCCGCAUUGCGUCACUGUGGCAGCACGGCUGGUGGUGGUGGUGGCAGCAGCAACUGGACAGCAGUCAUUACCGAUGGCGCGGGCAGGUGCAGCAAGCGCUGCUCGUAUUGCUCAUUCCCACUUUAAUCACUUCAUUCUGUUGGAAUUUAUUAUAAUACGCGGUUGUCAUUAAAUGCCAAUGCAUUGGCCCAGCACGGCGCGCCACAACAGCGAACGCAGUAGCCCGCAUCAGCAUUUGCCGUAAAAAGAAUGUGUGCCACGCGGGGAGCGUGUUGCAAGUGCGUCAGUGCGCGGAGGACGUUGUCAAUGUGUCGAAUGUUUGGAAUUCGGAUGUGUUGUCCCCUGUUGCAGUUGCGAGUUGAAUUUUGCGUUGCAUUGUGUUGCGUUGAAUAUGAAUUUAGGCAGGUUUGUAUGAAAAUAUUUAACCUUUAAUAACAAAAAUUACAAACAACGGUAAAGAAAUUAAAUGAUGGUAUGGCAGACAGAUAUUUAUAAAAGGAAACUCAAUGAGAGUUAGUUUAGCUAAAAUGUAACAAAGCAAAAAAAAAACAAUGUUAGCCUAAUUGAAGCUUAAAAUUUGUAAAAGGGA